AUGCCCGGAGGCAAAUCAACCAUUCCAUCCGCGACUUUGCCCGCACCACCCUUGAUUGAACCCUCGAAAAGGCCUGUAUCCCCAACUUUCCCAACACCGCCCUCAAUUGAACCAUCAAAAAUCCGUGUCCCCAAGGUUUCAACCCUUGGAAAACGCUCCAAAACAACCCCCGCCCUUCCCAAUGUUUCUUCAGAAACAAGUAAGCCACAGCCAGUCAAAAAACCGGUCUUGAUUAAGCUAAAGUUGAAACCACCCAAGUUGCCACAAGUACAGCCACCCCCAACAUUCAUGGCCACCGAUCUUGCACCACUCAAUGAUUCAUUGGAGGCCAAAACAAAGGGAAAGAAGUCCUCUCACCCACCUCUGCAAGACCCCCAGCCUACUUGGAGAUCCAGUAGGCAAAGAUGA